UUUAUAGGUAUUCCUCUCGGUAUUGUAUCAACUCUUGGUCUAAGGGAAUUGCUAAUAAGAACAGGUAGGUCUAUGAACACACCAUUUAAAAACUAUUCACCAAAAUAGAGGUGGCUAUUGGUGGAUAUGUACAUGUAGUAAGCCGCAAAGUGGUGAGCCAAACACCAAUUUCUAGCCACCCACACUGAGGUAAUAGUUGUUUUAAAUUAUAUUUUCAAAAACAGUGAGAUAACAUUAUGAUUUUAACUCAGUUGUUCCUGGAAUGAUUACAAUCUCUCAGGCAGAAAUCCUGAGUGAUUUGUUCAGAGGUGAAUACCAAAGGAUAUUCAGAGUCGAUUAGACAACAAGAGCACACUUUCACUGCUAUCCUACUGUUCUAAUAAAUACUAAUUGGUUUUAUUAGAGAGUACCUUUUUUUCUCUCUGUCAUGUGAAAGAGCACUUACCAUUAACCAAGUGCACCUGGUUGGAAAUUUAGCCAAAGGUGAUUAUUUAAUUCCUGUGAUUAGCAAUAGAGGAAUUUUCUUGUGUUUACAAAGCCUCAUCUAAUCACCUAGGUGAUAUAGAAAAUCCUUAAAUGUUAAGCAAAUUGUCAACUGUCUGCUUUGUUCCUUCCAAAGGUUAUGUAACCAAGCUGAAAAAUUUCAAAGGGUUGGUGUACACUGGUAAGAUACAAUGUAAAGCAUUAGAAAAGCUUCAUUUACAAUAGGAUUAUUUUUAAACAGUUUUCAGCUUCCAUAAUUGCUAAAUUUGAGUAUUGCAAGUACAUGUAGAUGUAUGUCAAAAUGUGAUCUGAUGAGGAAUGACUGAAACAAUGAUUUUUUCCUUCUUAAAAGGAGUGUUUGCUACAACUUUUUAUGCUGGUGUGCAGUCUUAUGGUAAAACAUGCAUUGCAAAGAUAUUGGCAUUACCAGAUAAUUCCAAGCUGAAAGAGGCGGUAAUCAAGAACCUGCCAAAAAGGUAUCAGUAAUUAAACAUUGCAUACUUUUGGUUUUCACCCCCUGAAGGCUCAUUAGAUGGUUUACUUACAGGUGCAAGAUAUUUACAUGGCAUGGUUCUAUGUGAGAUUAUUAUCAUUAUUAAUUGUUAUUAUUAACUAUUAUUAUUAAUAUUAUUGUUAAGAAUUAUUAUUACUAUUAUAACAAUUGUUAUUAUUAUUGUUAUUAUUGAUAUUAUCAUUAUUGCCAUUGAUAUCUUUUCCUUAAAAUUAUAACGAUGAUAAAGAUGUGUAUAUCAUGUUUUUCCAUUGUUCCUUCUGACAUGAUUGAUUUAGGUGUUUCUUUCACUGGUAUUUGUAUAUUAAUGUUUCUGUUAGUGACGGUCAAUUUUAACUUUAAUUUGCUUUUCCAAGUGCUGGGCAGACUAACUUUUAUCAAGACAAUCUGAAUUUACAAGGUUUGUAUAUAUCAUGUGUCAGUUCAGAUAAAUAGAGAGUGAUGAGGAGUCCUAACAUAAAGUCCUGUCAGCAGAUCAAGCCUUUGGCACAACAUUAAAUGAUGGUUGACACUUAAAAAAAAGGGGGAAUCCUGACUGUGAGAAAAUCCAGUUUGUUUCAAUACAUGGUGUUUAAAUUUAAGUAUUCAUGUACCAGAUUAACUUUGCCCUGUGUUUGUGCUAUAAUCCACAUCACCAUCAUCAUCAUCUUCAUCAGCAUUAUCAUUGUGCAGUCAUCAUCAUUAUUGUUUUUUUGUCAUAUUUCAGUCCAUCUGUCUGCCCACCUGUCCACAUGUUUGUGUCAUCUUGUGUAUCCAUUGGUUGAUUUGUUUGUGUACCACCUUAUACAAAAUUGGUGCAAAAAAACAAGAAAAAGGGAAAAGUCACAAUUCUCUAUUUUAUUUUUCUUCAAGGGAACCAGUGGGCAAGCCCUUCAGAAGAAGAAUCCAUCAUGGACAUGCAACUUCCCCUUUCCAGUAGCACUGCUACCCCCAACAAUCAAUCAAGUGAAGAUGAUCAUAAAGCACCAAAGCUCUAUUUUGAUGUUGAUGAAGCAAAGGAGAAGAAAUAUGCAACUUAUGAAGAUUUGAGAAAGAAACACCGUGAAAGAUGGAAUCCUCCUAGUCUUUCUUCAUCGAGUCAGACCAGGAAGGAGCAGGUGGGAAAAGUUGAUAGCCUUCUCAAAAGGUUCUCGUAGACAUUUUUUUGCAUGCCUAGAGCAAUGGCUAGGGGUACAUAGAAAGUUGAGGGACCAAGUUGAUCGUCUCAAAUAUGAUAUAAAAGGCAUCUUUAAAUUGGGAAACUUAAGUGAUCUAUUUUUGGAUGGAAGACUGAAAGAAACUCUCAACUCGGAGCUCUGCUUCUCCACUUGACGUCUUUGCUGCCACAAAGUGUCACAAAGUACCAACAAAACACCGGCUAUAAAAGCUGUGCUUCGUCGGUAUUUUUCUAAGCGUGUCAGUCUCAACUGCCAAGCACCCCCCCCCUUCAAUUAAUAAAAGGAAAAAGGAAAGGAUAAAAAAAAAAUUGAUGUACCUCUUUUAAAGAAAGAUUUAAACCCAUUGCAAGACCGCAACUUUCUAGCAAAUCGUUAAUUGUAGAGCACAUUUUGAAAGUUCUGAUUAACUCGUUUCACUUCCAUUUACAACGCAGAUCAGGCAGAAACCACGAGAAACUGAGCCAGAUAGCAAGCCAAGUUCAAGUAAUGUCUUCACGCCAUGGUUUGACCAAGAAGGCAGCGACAAUGACCGCAGCAGCCAGGAAGCUGGCCAGAGGACGAGUAAUCAGCGGGAGAGGCCUUCAUUUAGACAAGGUAUAUUGUGUCUUGUACCAGACAUUUUAAAUCCUCCACCUCCAAGAUCUCAUUGGUAAUUCUCCUUACUGUCGAUUUUACAUUUCUUAUGAUGUUAGUUCAGAGAAUUUGGUAUUGAAUUAAAUAAUAAUUCCCUUGUUUAUAUUUUUUCCUUUAUACUCAUGACUUGCCUGUUUGAUAUUGCUUUGAUAUUGUACGGAGAAAUUCGGUCUUGGUCAGUCAUGGGAGUUAAAUAAUAUUAAGUCAAAUAAUACUCUUAAAUAAUCCCAUUGACGGGGCACAUAUAACGGCUUAGUGAGAUUAGUGAGAUUGGAAAAAAAGUUAUUCAAUUCUUACGUUUUCUUGGUGUUCUUUUCUGUUCUACAGGGCCAACACCCAGGAAGAACAAAUAUGGUGAUCUAAUCGAAUGAAUCGCUGGAGGAAAGAAUCCUUUUUCGCGUCACUUUUCCUCCAUUUCCGUUUGUUGAAAUAUUUUAAAGGAGACUUCCUCGUAACUAACAUGUAUGCUAAGUGAUUGUUAAUAAAGAAUAUUGUAUCUUGGUC